UGCAUUGGGCUUUUAGUCAGUCUGCACUUUUCCUUGUUUACCUGGCAGUCUGUCAGGCGGUGACGUCAAAGCGGAAGGCGGGGCGCUGCUGUCCUGGUAUGUGCGUGACGUCGCGGCGUUCUCCUCCCCACGCAGAGCCUGUGGAGCUGGCCUGAAACGUCACUGCCGUCACCAACAUCACCCCCAGCAGCAGGAGGAUGCAGCCGCCGGGCCCUUCCCUGCUCCCCCAUAACAACAACCCGGGGGACUUCACCUUCGUGUCGUCCACGGAGGCAGAAGACCUUAGUGGCUCCAUAGCUGCACCUGAUGUAAAGUUGAAUCUUGGUGGAGAUUUCACAAAAGAAUCUACAGCAACAACGUUUCUUCGACAGAGAGGAUACGGGUGGUUACUAGAAGUGGAAGAAAAUGACCCUGAAGACAAUAAGCCUCUGCUGGAGGAGCUGGAUAUAGACCUUAAAGACAUUUACUACAAAAUCCGAUGCGUUCUUAUGCCAAUGCCAUCCCUUGGAUUCAACAGACAAGUUGUACGAGAUAACCCUGACUUCUGGGGACCACUUGCCGUUGUUUUGUUCUUUUCAAUGAUUUCCCUGUAUGGCCAGUUUAGGGUUGUGUCUUGGAUCAUUACAAUUUGGAUCUUUGGAUCACUUACCAUCUUCCUACUGGCACGAGUCCUGGGUGGGGAAGUGUCCUAUGGACAGGUGCUUGGUGUUAUAGGAUACUCCUUACUUCCGUUAAUUGUUAUCGUCCCUGCCCUUAUAGUUGUUGGAUCCUUUGAAAUCGUGUCUACAGUAAUCAAGCUGUUUGGGGUGUUCUGGGCGGCUUACAGUGCUGCAUCGUUAUUAGUUGGAGAAGAGUUCAAGACGAAGAAACCGCUUCUUAUUUAUCCCAUCUUUUUAUUGUACAUUUAUUUUCUAUCUUUGUACACUGGAGUGUGAGGAUCAAUCCGUUGCUCUAUUGAUUUGGUACAUUGAGAAAGUGUAAUGCUGGAUGGGUUGGUGAGUGGAGUCACCCUCCCAAACCUAUGGUGUGUAUUACGCCUAUGUGUAUAUAUUAAACCCAGAGCUCUUGUCAGGGGACUUUUCCUUUAUGGCAAUAUGGCGCAGGCCCGUCUGACAUAGAAGGGAUCAACAAAGCAAUUAAAGUUCUAACUUUUUUUAUGAUAUUAACAUUUAUUUGUCUUACAUUCAAUCUAAAUGAAUACCUAAAGAAAAAGCCGCUUUUAAUGGAUCUUUUCCACCCCCACACAAUGUAUAUAGCACAUGACUGUUAUCCGAUCUGGUCCACGUCUCAUUCUUCAUGCCACUGCAUAGAAGCCAACUUUCAUUUAGUUUUCAAUAAGCAGAAUGACGAGAUGCAUCGAUGCGUCCUGCCCUAGCUAAGAAUAAAAAAAUGUCAUUUUAGUCUUCUGUCUGGGAUGAGCUUCUUACAAGGUGACUUUCUACUCCUGUAAAAUGUUUGACAUACAGUGGUUAUUUUGCCACAUUUGUCUGUGUAGGAUCUUAAUAAAAAGGCUAACGAUCUACUUUGACACAGAAAAAUCGCUAAGGUUUCCCCCGACGUGAGCUAUUUUCAUGUCUGACCAUUUAAACAAAACAGUCUGGAAAUAUACAUAGUUCCUCUGUAAAUCAAGAAGUUACAUGACUAAUGAGAACACAUUUUUGAGAUGUUUUAUAUUCGGAUGACCAUCCAUUGAGGGGUCGAAGACAAACACGGAUGCCAUUGCUGUAACAACACCUACUAGAGGUCUGCAGCGAUGACACAGAAAUCGCCGUGGCUUUAAAAUCUUGAGGGAAAAAUCUAUGUUCACCAAUCUUAAAUGUCUUGAUUGGGUGGUAUUUUAACUUUUUUUUUUUUUUAUUUGACUUGUUUUGAUGUCUUAUGCAUUCUUUUGUAUUAAAGCAUUCAACAACUCGUACAGUAGGUGGAGAACCUCAGAAAACUCAUAGAGGUCUUCCAGUUGACAACGUACGUGAUGGGUUUGAGCUUGUCACAUUGGAGCCAAGUGUUGCGUUUUUAUAGAUUAUUAUUUCCUUUUGCGUUCAUACCUUUCAGUUUUCUGAGAUAAAAAGUUAAUCUUUCCCUUUUUAAUAACAAAGUAAAUCAUAUAGUGCUGCUGAAAAAGGAAAAA